AUAGAAGAAGUUUGUCAAAAAUACGGAUUUAAUGUUAAUGAUUAUGAUUUGAAACAUUUCAAUCGUAUAUUGGACCCUAAUGCUAUAUUGAGAUUUAUUGGAUUAGCAAACAAUGCACAACUUGAAAUGGUACCUUGUACAAAAGUACGCUCUAUUUCCAAUGUUGUAAUAGGUAUUCAGUUGGAAAAUGGAGAAAGGUUGAUGAGUGAAUUUACACCUGAUGUAACAUUAACUGAAAUUUUGAAAAAACUAAACCUUCAUGAGGGUCUUGGACAAAUUAUUUUGAUUUAUAUGCAUCAAGAGAUUCUCGGUGUGGAAGCUUUAAAUAACACAACAUUAAAGUCAUUAGGAAUCAACAAUGGCAAAGCUGUCUUUAGACUGAUGCAUAAAAAUCCUCAAAGUACACAAACUGCUGUUUCAUCGCUAGAAACUAAUGAAAACGUAAUUAAAUGUGAAACAGCAGAGACUGAUCAAAAUGUGAAGAAAGAUAAAAGGAUUGCUGAAAAUCAACAUUCAUUGGUAACAGAUGUUAGUAAAAGAUCUGCAAAUAUUUCAGAAACGCAGGAAGCGAAAGAACCAGAAAUUUAUUCUCGAAAUAGAGAAAUAAAAAUAAAACAGCAAGUAGGGGAGGAAGAGAAUCAAAUGAAAGCAUCUACUGGUACAGGAAAUUAUGAUGCAAAUCAAUUUCCAGUACAGUUAUGUAAUAAACAGGCAAUAGAUAAUUUAAAUAGCAUAGAAUUUGUAAGAUUAUCCUUUAUUAAAAUAUAA